AAAAGCAGUGGUAUGCCAGUGUAUGCUGUGUGUAACUGCUGCUUAAUAUAGCAAACAUGUCGACAAGCGGAGACUUUGACUGCAUAGUAAUCGGGGCUGGCGUCCAGGGCUCCUUCACGGCCUAUGAGUUAGCAAAAAGGAACAAGAAGACUCUGCUGCUGGAGCAGUUCGUCCUGCCCCACACCAGAGGUAGCUCUCAUGGCCAGACCCGCAUCAUCCGCUACGCCUACGAGCAGGACUUCUACAUCAACAUGAUGCGGGAGUGCUUUCAGCUAUGGGCUCAGCUAGAACGGGAGGCGGGUGUCACGUUGUACAGACAAACUGGAAUGCUGGUUAUGGGGCCCGAGAAGAGUCAGAGCUUCCAGCUGUUAAAGAACACCAUGCAGAGGAACAACAUUCGAGUGGUGAACCUAAACCGCGACAACUUCAACCAGCAUAUCCCCCAUGUCAACCUGGCUGAGGGCGACGGAGCACUGGUGGAGGUGGCUGCUGGAGUUCUGUAUGCUGACCGUGCACUCAAGACCGCACAGGGACUUUUCCAGAAGCUGGGUGGAGUCAUUAGAGACCAACAGAAGGUAACGGACAUCAAGCCUGGCCCUGUUGUGACAGUGUCAACCUCCUCUGGAGUUUAUCGAGCCAAGGCGUUGGUGAUCACUGCAGGACCCUGGGCUAAUAAACUGCUGGCCCACACUGGCUUAGAGUUGCCACUAGAGGUGAUGAAGUUGAAUGUGUGCUACUGGAAGGAGAAAGUUCCUGGCUCAUAUGGUGUGAAGAAGCGCUUUCCCUGCUUCAUCCAGACUGAGGGUGUGGAGUCCAAACAGCACAUCUACGGCCUCCCGUCCAACGAGUACCCAGGACUGAUGAAGAUAUGUUACCAUAUUGGCUCCAUAACAGACGCAGACCACAGAGACCAGCAGACAGACAACACGGAUAUUGACAUCCUCCAGCGUUACAUUGCCCGCUGUUUCCCUGGCUUGGUCCCUAAACCUGCUGUGGUAGAGAGCUGCAUUUAUACGCUAACUCCUGACCGUCAUUUUGUGCUGGACCGCCACCCUACCUACAGCAACAUUGUGAUUGGAGCAGGAUUCUCAGGUCAUGGCUUCAAGUUCGGACCACUCAUCGGCAAGAUUCUAACUGAACUCAGCCUCGGAGAAGUGCCCUCCUACGACCUUUCACCUUUCCGAAUCAGACGCUUCCCAUCACAGACCAAAUCCGCUUUGUAGAGCCGUGUUGAAAUGAUCAUGGUAAACUAAACACAAUCGCAGAAUGACUGUGUUUAGUAUUUGAUAUAGUCAAUUGCGAAGUCUUCAAACAUAUUGGAGUCAUUUUCGGAAUUUUAUUCAUAUCCUGUUUUCAUAUCCAGGUAACUGGGCGAUAGCUUUUUGUCAUAACAUCAUAUGUGCAGUGGUGGAUCUAGUGGUUGUGGAUAACUAUAUAGACAGAAUGUAGAAUUAUAACCUCUCAUCAAAUAUCAUGUAGUGGUUAAACCAAACUGAAAAAGUGUAGUUUCCAUGGAACUAAAUUUUAAAAGUGCAAAAGUGUGCCUUCGUGUGUAACCGUGUAAAUUUCACACAUUUGCAUUUUCUCAAUAAUGUGGGGCUUUUUUUCUCACUGCAUGAAUAUCAUUUUGCAGAAUUACUGAAGAGGACAAAUGUCAUUGACACUGGUCAAAUAUUUGAACACAAGCAUGUCGAUUUCUGUCACCAGAGACUAGGUUGCCUCAUCUGCAUAUGGAGCUACAGGAGUUGUACAAUGAUGGUUACAUUCACUCUCAUAACUGUUAUUUUAAUACUGCACACUUUACGAUCUAACACACAAUACACAUAUUUGCAUUUGAAGGAGGAACAGUUUGCAGUGCACAAAGCUUAUCAUUUCCCCAAUGCAACAAGGACAUUAUGGCAUGUAAUUAGCAAUGAACUAAUACUGAUUUGAUAUUGAACAACAUUCACAUUGGAUUCUGAAAUUCUGGACUAACUGUAAAUUCAUAUAUAUGUGAUAAGCGUUAAUAAAACCUAUACUCUUA